GAUGGAGGGGUGGCGAAAGGGGUAGAGGGCAGGGGACGGCCCCUACACUGAGGGCUGCUCGGAGGUCCCGGCUGGCCCUUCGGAGGUCUGCUCUUGUGUUGGUCCCACAAUCCCCUGGCUACGCAAGGCUAGGGUUUAUUAGACAGAGUCGGUUGUGGCGUUCAGAGGGUCAGCAAUCAUUGCUUCGACUCGAGUUUCAGACUUGUCUCCAGUAUUGGGACCCAGGGGGAGAUAGAUUCCGUGUUUGAGAUGCCAAGGGAAUCUGUCUUUUGAUUCAGGGUUCAUCACUUAAAGUUUAGGUAGCAGUUGCCAUCAUGCUCAAAGCUGUGAUCCUGAUUGGAGGCCCUCAAAAGGGGACCCGCUUCAGGCCUUUGUCUUUUGAGGUGCCCAAACCCCUGUUUCCAGUAGCGGGGGUGCCUAUGAUCCAGCAUCACAUUGAGGCCUGUGCCCAGGUCCCUGGGAUGCAGGAGAUUCUGCUCAUUGGCUUCUAUCAGCCUGACGAGGCCCUUACCCGAUUUCUAGAGGCUGCUCAGCAGGAGUUUAACCUCCCCAUCAGGUACCUGCAGGAAUUUGUGCCCCUGGGCACAGGAGGUGGUCUCUACCAUUUCCGGGACCAGAUCCUGGCCGGGGGCCCCGAGGCCUUCUUUGUGCUCAACGCUGAUGUCUGCUCCGACUUCCCCUUGACUGCUAUGUUGGAUUCCUAUAGACACCAGCCUCACCCUUUCUUGCUCCUUGGCACCACGGCUAACAGGACACAGUCCCUCAACUAUGGCUGUAUUGUAGAGAACCCACAGACACACGAGGUCCUGCACUAUGUGGAGAAACCCAGCACCUUUGUUAGUGACAUCAUCAACUGUGGCAUCUACCUCUUCUCCCCGGAAGCCCUGAAGCCCCUUCGGGAUGUCUUCCAGCGUAACCAGCAGGAUGGGCAACUGGAGGACUCCUCAGGCCUGUGGCCAGGGGCAGGCACCAUCCGCCUAGAGCAGGACGUGUUCUCCGCCCUGGCUGGGCAGGGCCAGAUCUAUGUGCACCUCACUGACGGGAUCUGGAGCCAGAUCAAGUCCGCAGGCUCAGCCCUCUAUGCCUCCCGCCUCUACCUGGGUCAGUACCAGCUCACUCACCCAGAACGCCUGGCCAAGCACACUCCCGGGGGUCCACGAAUCCGAGGAAACGUUUACAUCCACCCCACAGCUAAGGUGGCCCCAUCAGCCGUGAAGGGGCUGGAUUCUGGUUUCUCCAAGGCCCCCAGGGCUUAUGGGAUCUGUUCCUCUCCACAGCUGGGCCCCAAUGUCUCCAUCGGGGAGGGGGUGACCGUGGGCGAGGGCGUGCGGCUCCGAGAGAGCAUUGUCCUCCAUGGGGCCACGCUGCAGGAGCACACGUGUGUCCUGCACACCAUUGUGGGCUGGGGGAGCACUGUGGGGCGCUGGGCCCGUGUGGAGGGUACUCCCAAUGACCCCAAUCCCAACGACCCCCGAGCGCAUAUGGAUAGUGAGAGCCUCUUCAAGGACGGGAAGCUGCUGCCUGCCAUCACCAUCCUAGGCUGCCGCGUCCGGAUCCCUGCUGAGGUGCUCAUCCUGAACUCGAUUGUUCUGCCACACAAGGAGCUGAGCCGCAGCUUCACCAACCAGAUCAUCCUCUGAGGGGGACUCCCAGAAGGCACCCCCCCAACUCCCAACUCCUACCUGCUUCCCUCGAGGCUCCUUCCUGCAGGGUCGGCCUCUGUCCAAAAGGACCAGAGGAAGGCAGGCAGGAUCUUCACGUGCCAGGCGCAACGUGGGUGGCUGGGGGACUCCUGGCCUCCCUCUUCGGUCCCUAAUAAACCCAGGUGGACCUUGGAGCCA